UUCACGAGGAUUUUACGUGUAAACAUUUGAGUAUAGUAAUUAUUUAUAGUUCACGAUGCCAAAAGUUAUCAAAGAAAAAUCAGGCAAAGUCCAAAGAGAAGUGUUCCGACAAGGGAUCUUCUUCAACAAGGAUUUUGGACAGCACAUCCUAAAAAAUCCAAACAUCAUAGAGAGCAUCAUAGAAAAAUCAGCUAUUCGGCCUACAGACGUGGUUCUUGAAAUUGGUUCAGGUACUGGUAACUUAACGAUCAAGUUACUAGAGAAGGCCAAGAAGGUAGUGGCGUGCGAAGUUGAUACCCGGAUGGUUGCUGAGUUGCAGAAGCGCGUCAUGGGUACGCCAAUGCAAUCCAAACUUCAAAUUCUUAUUGGAGACGUUUUAAAGAAAGAAUUGCCAUUUUUCAAUCUCUGCGUUGCAAAUAUACCAUAUCAAAUAUCUUCACCUUUGGUGUUCAAGUUGUUACUUCACAGGCCUCUUUUCAGAUGUGCCAUUCUAAUGUUCCAGAAGGAAUUUGCUGAGCGACUGGUAGCCAAACCAGGAAGCAAAGAUUACUGUAGACUCAGUAUAAACACACAACUCUUGGCAAGAGUUGAUUUAAUAUUAAAAGUUGGUAAGAAUAAUUUCAGGCCUCCUCCGCAAGUGGACUCUAAUGUAGUCAGAAUAGAACCAAUUAAUCCUCCGCCACCCAUUAAUUAUCAAGAAUGGGAUGGCCUUACUAGAAUAGCAUUUGUGCGAAAAAAUAAAACUCUGUCAGCUGCCUUCAAACAAUCAUCGGUGACCGAGAUGAUGGAAAAAAAUUAUAAAAUUCACUGCAGCCUUCAUAAUGUGCCUCUUCCUGAAAAUUUCAAUGUGAAAGAAAGGAUCAAUAAUAUAUUAGCCAAUAAUUUUGUGGAAGAUUAUGAUGAAAAAAGACAGGAACAAAAAGAAUGUCCAUUAGGCGAAUUACGAGCCCGAAAAAUGGACAUAGAUAAGUUUAUGAGGGUAUUACAAGUUUUCAACAAAGAAGGAUUUCACUUUGCAUAAUUCAAAUUUUUGGAUAUGUUGAAUGUUAAAGAUUGUAUUUUUUAUGGCAG